CCUGCGCUGACUCGCACGCAGUUUAGGAAAUAUCUUUGCAAGGUCAGCUGUGUCUCAUUCACAUUCUACAAAACCUCCGAGGUAUAAAUGUGGACUUUCAAAACCCUGUCCGAAGAAGCAUUUUGCAUUGAAAAUGGCAAGUGGGGCAGCAAGUGUUGUUGGGCCAAAGAUGUGCUUGGAAGGUCAUGUGUUGAUGAGUGGUGAUAAGAACAAUGUUGGAAGAGGAUUGAAUUUAGCUUUAGUAAAUGGUAGAACUGGAGAAUUAAUGGAUACAAAGUUUUAUUACAUGUGGGGGCGAGAUGUGAAGCCUUUAAUUGAGUUUCUCAAGACCAUCCAGGAUGGGACAGUUGUGUUAAUUGCCACCUUUGAUGAUGGUGCAACUAAACUUAAUGAUGAAGCACGGAAACUUCUUGGUGAAUUAGGAAGUACAAGUAUUGCCACCCUGGGCUUUCGGGAUAACUUGAUUUUUGUUGGAGGAAAAGGAAUUAAAACAAAGAGCCCAUUUGAACAGCACAUCAAGAAUAACAAGGAUACCAAUAAAUAUGAAGGUUGGCCUGAGGUCUUGAAAAUGGAAGGAUGCAUCCCUGAGAAAUCUGAUUAAAUUAAGAAUAUAAGAUUAUAUCUUUUUGUUGUACAUUUGUAUAUUUAUAUAGACUAUAGUCUUUACUGCAAAGGUUCUAACCAAACACAUGAAAGUUGCUGUGACAAUUCUGAGCGUCUUUCUAUGUAGGACCCAAAAUAAUCAAGACCUUAAUCCAAUCCCACUGCAUGUCUUUGUAUCUAACUUUUUAAUUGUGUUUUUUGUUUUUAUUUAAUUCUCUUUAUAGCUCCCCUUUUAAUCUGCGACCAAAAAUG